AUGGGCCUUCGUCUUGGGAGUGCAGGUCCAGAGAACAAGACGGAGGAGGGGUGUGACCUGUGCUCAGCCCCAGGAGCGGGCCCCGUGGCGAGCGCGGCGAUUGGCUGCGGGAGAGCGGCCCGCGGGCGCCGGGCGCCCAUUGGCUGCGCGGGGAGAGGCUUUGCCCGGGAGCGCCGGGCACUCGGGUCCCGCCCCGGAGUCGGUGCCCGCCGCGCGCCGCAGCCUGCAACCCCGCGCUCCUCGCGCCCUCCGGCCGCCGCUGCCCAGGGCCCCAGGGGCAGGCGCGAGCGCGGCCGCACGCGGGCGGGCAGCAGGGCCGGGCCGGGCCGGGCAGCGCCGGGCAGCGCGGGGCAGCGCCGCGCCGGCGCCUUUUGUCCCGGGACGUUCCUCGAAGUUGGCCGCGGAGCGCGGGCCGUGCGUGGCCGCAGCAUGGGCAGCGUGCUGCUGGCGCUGGCCGCCGGGCUGCUGGCCGCGGGUUCGGCCAGCGAGUACGACUAUGUGAGCUUCCAGUCGGACGUGGGCUCGUACCCGAGCGGGCGCUUCUACAGCAAGCCGCCGCAGUGCGUGGACAUCCCGGCCGACCUGCGGCUGUGCCACACCGUGGGCUACCGGAGGAUGGUGCUGCCUAACCUGCUGGAGCACGAGACCAUGGCCGAGGUGAAGCAGCAGGCCAGCAGCUGGGUGCCCCUGCUCAACAAGAACUGCCACAUGGGCACGCAGGUCUUCCUGUGCGCGCUCUUCGCGCCAGUCUGCCUGGACCGGCCCAUCUAUCCGUGCCGCUGGCUCUGCGAGGCCGUGCGCGACUCCUGCGAGCCCGUCAUGCAGUUCUUCGGCUUCUACUGGCCCGAGAUGCUCAAGUGCGACAAGUUUCCCGAGGGCGACGUCUGCAUCGCCAUGACCCCGCCCAACGCCACCGAGGUCUCCAGGCCCCAAGGCACAACUGUGUGUCCUCCCUGUGACAACGAAUUGAAAUCUGAAGCCAUAAUCGAGCACCUCUGUGCGAGCGAGUUUGCACUGAGAAUGAAAAUCAAAGAAGUGAAAAAAGAAAACGGUGACAAAAAGAUUGUCCCGAAGAAGAAGAAGCCCCUGAAGCUGGGACCCAUAAAGAAGAAGGAGCUGAAGAAGCUUGUCCUGUACUUAAAGAAUGGGGCAGACUGCCCCUGCCACCAGCUGGACAACCUCAGCCAUCACUUCCUCAUCAUGGGCCGAAAGGUGAAGAAUCAGUACUUGCUGACAGCAAUCCACAAGUGGGAUAAAAAAAACAAGGAAUUCAAAAACUUCAUGAAGAAGAUGAAAAAUCAUGAAUGCCCCACUUUUCAGUCAGUCUUUAAGUGAUUCUCAGGGGUAGGGUGGGGAGGGAGCCAUGGACCGGGUGAAGGGUGGGGCUGAGCAGACCACCCAGAACCAGGGAGGGUCCCACUCACUGUCCUCCCUCUGGUGUAGCACAGUGGUCCAUUGGCUUUAUUCCUGCAGCAUCCCUCUCCGUUCCCUCCACAGCCAUGCUCCAUAUACCAGUGUAGCUGAUAUUUAAAGCCGCAUGCCCAGGUAAGGAAAGCAGUUAGAUUAGGAACCCAUUAAGAUAAUGUGGAUCAGCACAAUGCUGAGAGCAAACACCAUUUUAGUAUGAGACACAGGCACUAUGUCCAUCUUUUUUGCCAGUAAAAACCGAGGUUGAUCCAAAAGUGAGGGACAGCAGCAGAGUCAAUUCUGCAACUUUCUUUGUCAUUACAAAUUGUGGCUCUAUGCCUUUGAAAUAGAAAACUCAAACUAUUAGUAGGACAUGUCACUUCAGUGCCAGAGUAUGUAACUUCCACUCAUCCACUCAUCUUUAGAUGGAAACAGAUGCCCACCACACUUAGAACACAGCAUCGUUUCUGAAAGUGGUAGGUCAGGGCAGGAGCACAAGCAUCAUGGUGGAAGCUGAGAAAGCUCAGGCCUGCUCAUCACUUGCAUGCAGGUGUCCUCAGUGUGAUUCAGCCAGGCCUUGAGGGCACAGGAGCACAACUGGUGUCUGCUUCCGUGCAUGAUUUCACCUUGACAUGUGUAUGGUGGCACAUUCCUGUUGCCCUGUGAGGAAAAGAAAACCCCAGGGCAUGCAAGAGAUAAUGGUUUUCAGAACAAAAAGACAGUGUUCAGUGGCUUCCAUAAAAAAUUGUUAAAAAAGGAAAAUAAGAACAGGAUAGCAAGUUGCUUGUCAGGUUAAGUAGUAAUUGGCUAAAGAGAUUGUUCUAAUUUCAUCUGCUCUUUUCAUGUACAUGUUUUGAAAAAGUACAAGAAACCUACUUUCCUUAAAAAGCCAAAAAACAAAUGUCUGCAUUGAUCUUCUGAAGGGUUCUCUUGGUUACAGUUGUUGAUUCUGAACAGUGCACACCCUUGAGUGGCAUUUGCCGGGGUGUGGUAUAGCCUGGUAGUAUAGACACACAGUCCCACUUCCUGAGGGGUUCUGGGUUGCUCUGAACCCAAAGCAUCACCAUCGGAAACUCACAGUGCUUCCAUUCUUGUCUUUCCUGUAGAGAAAUAAAUUCCUUAAACUUGACUAUCAAUAGAUCAAAGAAAUUUGGAAGGUGAAAAACAAGUUUUCCUAUCCAAGGGAGAGUUUUAAAGGCAAAAUCAUCUCCAAAGUUUUUCCUAAAGUGCUGUUUGUCUAAGACCUGAUGUUUAAUAAAUGUUGUUUACUAACCCAUACACUAAAGUAACUUUACUCUUUUUGUUCAGUGUAUGGAAAUAUAAAAUAAUCAAUGUUAAUCGCAUCCCCUUCAGGCUGAUUCUUAGUUCUCUGGAAGCUGAGGUGAGGCUGGAUAUGUCACCUGUUUCGUAACUCUGGCUUAAUGCACAAAAAUCAAAGCAUCUGUUAACAUCUGAAGGUUCCAGUCAUAAAAUCAGCUGCCACCUUCAUUCCCUGCAGAGGGCUUGUCCUGUACAAUUCAUCUCUUACAAUUAGUAAUUCCAUCAUUUUAACACUAAUUUUCUCUCUGAUCUUCAGUCAUAAAGUAUUGGGGAACUUAAGUGAUUUGCUUAUAAUUGUGAAUGAUUUUUUAAAACUAUGUAUGUAUAUUGUUAAUUAGAAAGAUUCUACUUUCCUAUUGUCAGUUGAAAUUCAGGGCAAUUUCCUGAGUUCAUGGAUUUGGUCUUAGUUUUGGUUGAUUAACUGGAGUGCAGUGCUGUAUGUGUCUGCUUGUUUUGGCAGUGUGUCAUGCAAGAAGGCCCCCUGUUUAAAUAGAGACCUCAAGGGAGGGGGAUUUGUUCAGUAUUGGCAGUUAAUGUAGCAAGAAUGUGGAAAAAUAGUGACCAUGCUAUGCAACUCUAAAUGGGAAUUCUUGGGAAGUGACAUUUUCAGAAAGAGUUAAAAAGAAAUUGCAAAUGUGAAUUGCAGCUACAGGCUUUAUCCCAAGUACAAACUCCUUGGAUUUGGACUAUCACACAAUGAUGAGAUAAGUAUAUUGAUGAGACACACACCAUCUAGUCUCUACACAUUAGCGAUUUCAUGGCACAAGGGAGCAGCAGCCCACAGGUACAUUAUUACAAAUCUUUGUUUUCCUCAGCAAAUGAUGUUUAAAAAAAACAAUGAGCACUCAUUGGUGACUGGUUUAUAAAAAAAAACUCUUUUUUUGUGAUUGGACAAUUAUGGCUAAUGCAAAGAUUUUUAAAUAAUUCUCCUGGGUAGAAUCCUAUGAGAUAGAACUCAGCUAAAUAUUUGAAGUGUAUUAGUAGUUAUCUUAGAAGAUAGAAAGUAAGGUGAGGAGUUCAAGAACAUUUAUUUUUAGAGUCUUCUAGUGUAAUACUUGACUUGUGGUUUCUGUUAAUUUAGAAGUCAGGACCUCCUAAAGCAGAAUCCAGUCUGAGUACCAGUUUUUAUUUUGAUCUGUAAUUAUGGAAACCCCAUUGCCCAAAUCUCAAAUCUUUUUUUUCUCAUCAGACUGCACAUAGUCUAGUUGCUUGUAACUGCAUUGAUAUGGUGGACUCAGAUGAUCUGUUUUAGAAGUGCUCCUUAGGCUACUACCAUGGACUAACAUAUUGACCCUUUUGACCUAUCACCAGCAGAUACACAGGAUCUGAAUGAAAGUCCCCUUUCCUCUAGCUCCUUCAUGUAGCUCCUCUUUUAGAGUCUAAAUCUUUUACAAAAGCUUUGAAUACUGUGAAAAUGUUUUACAUUCCAUUUCAUUUGUGUUGUUUUUUUAACUGCAUUUUACCAGAUGUUUUGAUGUUAUCACUUAUGUUAAUAGUAAUUCCUGUAUGUGUUCAUUUUAUUUCAUGCUUUUCCUGCCAUGUAUCAAUAUUCACUUGACUAAAAUGACUCAAUUA